AUUAACUUAUUCCCCUUAGUCUAGUCUCAGUCUGGAUGCGGCGCAGGACGCCUGGAUCGCAUUGUACACCUACCGUGUUUACCGUAGGCUUUAGGAUGACCUUUGUCAAAUCCAUCAGAAUCACGUUCCUCGGCUCAAUAUGUUUAAUAGUCAUAGCAUCAGAGACCACAGCACAAUUUUAUGAUAAUCAAAAGUUCAUAACCGGCCUCAAGUUGGCAUUAAACGUGUACAGACAGUGUGAAAAGCAAGACAUAAUGAUAUGCUUGAAGUCAAGAGCCCUGAAAUUAAUAGAGCGGGCGUCAAACUCAAAAAGCAUUUCUAUCUAUGAUGGAAUUACUCUAAUAAAGUCAGCAGAUACGGAUGGUCGCUCUUUCUCGAAAAAGCAUUUAUCGGGAGUGGAGGGAGAGAGGACGGACGAGAAAACGUUAGAUGAAAUGCUGAAACACAAUUUUGAUUCCUUUAUGCAAACGCAUUCUAUUCAACUAAGAGUGCCCAAAGCUAUUUCCGAUGGUAUCCAAGAAGUCAAAGAUUAUUUGCUCAUCAAUGAUAACACAGUUGAAGGUCGAGACAAGAAGAAGAAGAAAAUGGGCCAAUUUGUCAUGUGGGCAAUGAUGGUGAAAGGCGGGAUGAUAGCCAUGUUCUUCAAAGGUCUAGCGAUCGUCUCCGGAACAGCAUUGGUGGCCAGCAAGGUGGCUUUGACUCUGGCCUCGAUUAUUGCAAUCAAAGCACUGUUCAGCUCGGGGCAUUCGGCCCAUGAGAAAACCACUUACGAGAUAGUCAAAACGCCAAUAGUGACCAAUAGUCAUCAGUACUCGGCCAGCAGUCACGUGGGUGAUUGGGGUCCGGCUGAGGUCGAGGGUAGCGGGCCCUACGCAAGGACCCUGGAGCUACCCGUCAAGCCCAACUACCCUUAUCAGUAUCACCAGCACCAGGAUAACGCGCACAAGAGCGAUAUGAAACCGUCUCCGGUUGACCACUCCCAUUAUGGCAAUUAUUGAAUGUCAAAAGUGGAUCAUCGAAAAAAAUGACCGAUAUUGAUACAGUAAUAUAAGGUUGCAAUUAUGCUCUUGUAUGCGCGGGAAUUUGCGAUUUAAGUGCUUUUCCUGAGUAAAAUUUCGCAAGAAACACGAUGAUGCCACUAGUUUUCUCUGAAAUGACCUUCAUAUCUAAAAAAAAAAAAAAAAAAAUUCAAAGUUGAGGCCAUAAUGGAGGAGAUAUUCCACCCGUCUUGAGAGCCCACCUCUAUAUCUAGUAAAAUUCUCAAUGCAAAGAUAGGGAACAAAUAAAG